CUCCUCUGCUGUGGAAACGACGGAAGCGCAGUUCUGGAUUUUGGUUUGACUGGUAGAAAGAAGGAUGGAGUUUCUGACAGGGAACCCGUUUACGACACCGGUGGGCCAGCGAAUAGAAUAUGCAACCAGCUCCAGUCUCCAGUCGGAGGACUGGGCCCUCAACAUGGACAUCUGUGACAUCAUCAAUGAGACAGAGGAGGGGCCUAGAGAUGCAUACAAAGCAAUAAAGAAGCGGAUUGUUGGAAACAAGAACUUCAGAGAGGUCAUGCUGGCAUUGACUGUACUAGAAGCGUGUGUGAAGAACUGUGGCCACAGGUUCCAUGUGCUAGUCUCAACCAGGGAGUUUGUUGAGGGGGUUCUUGUCAGGUCCAUCUUACCCAAGAACAACCCCCCUCUGGUCCUGCAUGACAGAGUGCUCAGCCUUAUACAGGCAUGGGCAGACGCAUUCCGCAGCUCACCAGCUCUGACGGGCGUGGUCUAUGUGUACGAGGACCUGAGACGGAAAGGACUGGAGUUCCCCAUGACUGAACUAGACGGAUACUCCCCCAUUCACACUCCAAAUAGGACUGUGCCUGAUAACGGGCCUGUCACUCUAUCUGCUGCACCCUCAUCCCCCAGGCCUGUCCCCAUAUCACCACAGCUUCCUGCAUCCCAACAGAGCGAGCAGGGACCCCUCACCUUCACACCUUAUCAGGUUAAAAAGUUGAAGACGGACCUGGGAGUGGUUCGAGGUAACCUGACAGUGAUGUCAGAUAUGAUGUCUCAACUGGAUCCAGCAACAGCCAAGCAUUCAGACACAGAGCUGCUUCAGGAGUUGUAUGCAGCAUGUAAAGACAUGCAGGAUACGAUAAUGGAGCUAGUCCCAAGACUCAGUGAGGAGAAACUGACAGAGGAGCUGCUGGUUGCCAAUGAUGAAAUCAAUGCCACAUUCACUCGCUACCAGAGGUUUCAGAGACAAAGAGCUACACAGCAGAGCCCAGCCUACGUCAACCUUAUUGACCUCAGCGCAGCAAUCAAGCCUGUUGUUACAGCUCCCACCCACAGCCAUCUCAGCCGAUCAACAGUGGACACAGUGUCUAGUCAGAUGACAGGACUCAGUAUGAGGGAAUUUGAUGAAUCUGCACAGAACAGGAGCAUCUCACAGACACAACUGAGACCGAGUGAGCAGAAUGAAGGUGUUGCCGACAGUCUGGCUCAAGCACAGAACACCAGAUUACAGAACACUGGAACGGGUGACAGCCCAGACUCCACCCCCCUCAGCUCCUCGACACGGUUUGAUUGGAUGAUUGAAAAGGGAAUGAUCCCUGUGAGUCAGAAGUCUGUGAUGGAUGACAUUGAGAAGUGGCUGGAUGUGGACGAGGAGGACGACAUGGCUGAUUCAGAGGGUGUGACAAGUGAGGAGUUUGACAGGUUUCUGGCAGAAAGAGUGAGAGCAGCGGAGCGACUACCGUCCCUGAAAGCUUUUUCUCGUGACGACAACAACCACUCAGAAAAAUAGGCCAAGCCGCAACCUGUCACAUAACCAAUGCCAUUUUCCCAAAUAGUGUGAGAGGACUGAACUGUCUGAAUGUAUGAUUGGCACAUACAGUGAGUAAAUGACUGGUGGGAACAACAACUCCUGACAAUUGGGUUGUGCUACUGACACUCAGGUACACUACAGAACUACUUUAUGUUCAACUCUCCUGGGUUAAGGUCUUCAUCUAGUACGUUUAAUGUAUAUUUUUAUGUUAAGGCUAAAUUAACUUGGACCAAGUGUUUUUAACUUACACUAUGAGUGUUUUUUAUGAUAAGAACUUAAGUCGUCCAGUGCCACUAUAAAUAUGGAUAUCCAGUUGAGAAGGCUGGUGGGAGGAGCUAUAGGAGGAUUGGCUUAUUAUAAUGAAUGGAAUGUAGUCAAACAUGUGGUUUCCUUAUGUUUGGUACGGUUCCAUUUAUUCCAUUCUAGACAUUAUAAUGAGCCUGUCCUCCUUUAGCUCCUCCCACCAGCCUCUGGUAUGGCUGCGGAUACAAACAUUUGCACAAUUAUUAAGUUUAGUUCCUGUUAUGUUUCUUAGAAGAUAAUGGAAUAUGCCCAAUAUUUUCAGAUGAACAUUGAAUGGUGUGCAUUCCAGAAAAUGCAGGCAUGAUAAACACAAUGUUAGUAUAUUGCCAUAACACAUUUCCCAUAAUUAUAUCUUAUGUGAUGCUCAUGAUGAAUCCCAUUUGUAAUACCGAACACUUUUGGGAAGAGCAAUACAAACCUAAUUGUUUCUGGAGUACUUGAAGUUUAUCAAAUGUUACACAAUGUCAGUCAAGAACUUGUUCUCAACUGGCCUUCCUGGUUAAAUAAAGGUGAAAUAAAAUACGUUAACAUUAAACACA